AUGGAGAAAAUUGCAGUUCCGCCAAUUUUGUGGAUUGUUCAAUCAUGGAUCGGAGGAGUCGCAUUGAAGUGCAACAAUGCGGCAAAGCGCGACAAAAAUUGGUGCGAGGAGGAGAAGAAGGAGGAGGAGGAGAGGGAUGAAGAGGAGGAGGAGGACGGGGAGGAGGAAGAGGAGAAAGAAGAGGAGGAGAACGAUGAAAGAAUAACUUUUCGCUUCUCAUAUGGAAAUGCAAUGUCGUAUUCAAUUUGUUUUUAG